CAAAAGACGUCUCAGUACAUGGAACAAUUUUAUGUUCACCUGGAGCAAGACAGACAUUUUUCUGUGGUAGCAGGAAAUUUGUUCAGACGAGGGCUGCCUCGUUGUCGUCUUGAAUAGGCUAUCGUCAGAGACCUCGCCUGCUGCUGUAGCUCCUCCAACAUUUUAUUGUAAAGUAAUUAAUUUUUGAGGAUUUUUGCUCGUGCUUGCUCGGCUAUGUAGCGCGGAGGCGGACGUCCUGGUGGUAUCUGUUGGAGGUUUAUCGGCUUUUUACUUUUAAACAUCGUGCCUUCGCGGAAAGAAGAGGAUUUCGUUUUAUUUAAGGUGAAGUAGAUAUGAAUGAGCAGGAGAGUGGAGUUGUCUCAUUUGAUGAAUACGUGCGGCAAAAGGCCCGCACAGUGCCUCAGCACAAAAUGAAGGAGUUUUUGGAGUCUCUUUCCAAAGGCUCAGAAGUGCUUCAGGAAUUCAGUGAACAGGAAGAAGCUGUGACUACUACCACCAUGGUGUACCAGCAGCAAGAUGCCAAUUGUGUCUACACUGACAGCACAGAAGUGGCAGGGUCUCUAUUGGAGCUGGCUUGCCCUGUACAGGUGACCUCAAGUGAAAUCUCACCACAACUUUCUGAACAGCCCCUGCAAGUGCAGGUUCAAAUCCAGGGACAGCAGGGACAAACAGUGAGCCAUGUUCUUCAGGUUACCUCUCCACAACAGGACCUUCAAGCGCUUGUUCAACAGGGAGAGCUUACUGAAGAGCAACAGCAGCAGAUUCAAGCACAGCUGGUCGCAGCUGUGGCAGGCAGUCAAUCCAUACAGUUGUCUAGUGGCCAACAAAUUCAACUACAAGGUGGCCAACAAAUUCAGCUGGCAGGAGGGCAGCACAUCCAGCUACAGCCUGGUCAGCAAAUCCAACUACAACCUGGCCAGCAAAUCCAACUCUCAGAUGGGCAGCAGAUUCAGUUAUCAGAUGGACAACAUAUUCAGUUGCAAAGUGGGAAACAAAUUCAAAUACAGACUAUAGAGGACUCCUCCAGAGAGGGAGAGCGGAGGGCCAGUUCUGUGUCGACUGUGCUUCAGCCUGCCAAAAAGCGCAAGGUGGAUGUUCCUGUCGCUGUGUCCUAUGCUGUUCCACAGGGACAGCAAGUAGCCAGAGUUCUCACCAUUCCUCAAGGGCAACAGCAAAGCUAUGUGUCCUUACGACCAGAUCUGCUGACUGUGGACAGUGCUCAGCUAUAUAGUACGACAGGUACAAUCACUGGUCCUUCAGGAGAGACUUGGACCAUCCCAGUGUAUUCAACACCUCAACAGCAGGGUGUCACUCACAUUGCCAUCCCACAAGAUGCAUACGGGACAGUGCAGGUAACCACAACCAAUGGAAAAGACAAUAUGUCUCCAAAUUCAUCCACUUCUGUGGAUGUACAGGCCGCUUCAGGAACACAGGAAGAAAUGGUUCAGACACUAUUCCCUGCGCAGUUUAUGAAUGGAAACAUUCACAUCCCCGUGGCAGUGCAGACUGUUGGGGGAGCAUACGGCACCACACAGUCUGUGCACAUUUGGGAUCCAAAUCAACAACAGAACCAAGUAGAACAGGGACAGGAACAGCAGCUCCACCUGCAGGCUCAAGUAGAGACUGAAGGCCAAGGUGAGGCUUCAGCAGAGAUCCUGGUUCCUGUUUGCCUAAAGCCAGAAGAGGGUUUGGAGGUCUGGAAAUUAUGGGCAAAGCGCAAAAAUGCAGAGCUUAUCAAGCAAGAAAAAACUAAGUUGGCACCUAUUGGACGUCGCCAGCCCUUGCGUUUUCAGGAGGACUUGGUGUCUAGUGCAGUGGCUGAGUUGAACCUGCUCUCACUGAUGACUAAAGAGGCUCGUGGAUUGGAUGAAGAGGAGUUUUCACCUGAUGUUCUUUAUUAUGUUUUCUUAUGCAUACAAAAGUAUCUGUCUGAAAAUGGACGCGUUGACGACAUUUUCUCUGAUCCAUAUUACACACGUUUUUCUGAAUCAUUGCACAAACUUCUGGAUGGCUGGAAACCCAGUGUUCAUCCUCUUGGUUACAUUAUUCCAAGUCAUGUGACUGAGGAGAUGCUCUGGGAAUGCAAGCAGCUUGGUGCACACUCUCCAACAACCCUACUUACAACUUUAAUGUACUUCAACACUAAAUAUUUCCGUCUCAUAACACCUGAACAGCACAUGAAAGUUGCUUUCUCCAAAGUCUUGAGACAUGCUAGGAAAAACCCAGGAAAUUCUAAAGACAAAGCAACAAGUAUCCGCCUUCUGAAAGGACCAGGAUUAACAAGUCCUGGUGCAAAAGUGAGUGAUGAAAUGUAUGAAGAGCAGGUUGAGGAACCAGAUAACCCACUUCGCUGCCCAAUAAAAUUAUAUGAUUUUUAUCUCUUCAAAUGUCCACAGAGUGUCAAAGGUCGAAAUGAUGCAUACUAUAUGACUCCAGAGCCUGUAGUGGCACCCAAUAGCCCAAUGUGGUAUUCAUCUCAGCCACUCAACAGUCAGCAAGUAGAACAAAUGCUCUCACGAAUCAUUGUGGUCCAAGAGAUCCAGGAAUUGUUCUUCAGUACUGCAGUGGCCAUAAGUUAAAAGAACAGGACCGACUGACUGGGUGAAUGGGACGUUGUUGAAUGUGGACUAUGCAGUAGCCAGCCUGACCCUAUUAACUGGCCAUGUUAGAGGUUCAAGAAACAUCUGCCCUGUUUCCAGGGAAGCCUUUUCUGGACAAUUUAUGGAUCUUAGUUGGACAAGCCUUUGUCUUUGCAUCAGCAGUUGGACAAAAUUCGAUUUUGAUUUGAGCUCAGGAGAUGCUAUCACAGAAAAUGACUAAUUUCCAGAUGCAUGUAUAGGUCAGUAUAAAAGGGGAUAUUUAACCUUGUGCCGACAAAACCAUUCACGGUUCAAUUUUAAUAUCUUUACACAGACCAGCAUUCAUUUAGUUUGUUGAAAAUAUAUUAUCACAAUGAUUUGCUCAAAGUAAAAAAUAUGUGCCUGUUUUCUCAAAUGAGAUCAUUUACGCUUCGCAUAAGACCGAAGUCUCUUCAUCUAAAACAAGUGCUAAUUGUGCUCUUAGAAAAGUUCAAUGAUUUUUUUUUUUCUAAGAAAGUUGGUUACAUUGGCUACUAUAUGGGAUGUAUAUGUCUGAUCACUUGUCUGUGUAUAUAUACCAUGUUCACACUAUAAAAUAGAAGCAAAACUC